UUAGAGGCUGUUUAUCAUUUGAUCGAAGCUGCACAGGACUUGAAAUCAGCGCACAGGAGAAGUGCUCAGCGAUGGUUCGACGUGUGGCUGUGGUCGGAGCAGGCAGUUCUGGUCUGGUUUGUAUGAAAGCCUGUGUUGAUGAAGGCCUGGAGCCCGUCUGCUUUGAAAGCAGUGAUGACAUUGGCGGCCUGUGGAGAUAUAAGGAGUCGCCUGAGCCGGAGCGGUCCAGCAUCUAUCGCUCCUUGGUGGUCAACACCUCCAAAGAGAUGAUGUGUUUCAGCGAUUUCCCCAUGCCCGCCGACUAUCCAAACUACCUGCAACACUCCCAGCUGAUGCAGUACUUCAGGCUCUACGCUGACCACUUUGACCUGCUCAGACACAUUUGUUUCCAGACCACAGUGAGGAGUGUUACACAAAGGCCGGAUUUCUCUGUGUCCGGUCAGUGGGACGUAGUGACCGUGAACGUGGCCGGAGAGGAGGAGAGCCACGUGUUUGAUGCCGUUCUGGUUUGCUCAGGCCACUACACCCAUCCAGCCUUACCCCUGUCAGACUUUCCAGGUAACGAGACGUUUCCUGGCAGGUGUCUUCACAGCUGGGAGUACAGAGAUGCAGAUGACUGCAGGGGAAAGAGGGUGGUGGUGGUUGGCAUUGGCAAUUCUGGGGGAGAUAUUGCAGUGGAGAUCAGCAGAUCUGCAGAGAAGACGUUUCUCAGCACACGUGAAGGGUCCUGGGUGAUUGGCAGGAUGUCUAAUAACGGUCUUCCUCUGGACAUGAUCGUACUCACCAGACUGAAUCUCAUUCUCACACAACUUCUUCCAAAGUUUCUGGUCAACUGGUCAGCAGAGAGAGCGCUGAACCAAAAAUUUGACCACAGACUGUAUGGCCUUAUGCCCAAACACAGACUUUUGGAAAAAAGGCCUUUGAUCAACGAUGACCUUCCUGGACGAAUCCUUCAGGGAGCACUAGUAAUGAAACCCAAUCUGAAAGGAUUCAAGGACUCCGGAGUUGUUUUUGAAGAUGGCACUGUGGAGGAGAACGUUGACGCUGUGGUCUUCUGUACAGGUUAUAAUGGAAACUUCCCAUUCCUGUCUCCGGCUCUCUCUGAGGGGCCUCACAAAGAGUUCACAUUGUACAAGACACUGUUUCCUCCUUCUCUAUCACAACCCACGCUGGCCGUCAUGGGUCUUUUCCAGACAAAAGGACCAAUCGUGCCCAUAGUGGAAAUGCAGGCGCGCUGGGCUGUAAAGGUUUUUGCCGGUUUAUGCCGUCUGCCACCUAAAGAGAAAAUGCUGGAAGUCAUUGAGAGUGAGAUGAAGACGAAUAUGAAAAUAUAUCCCUGCCCUCAAAAGGCGGCUCUCCUGGUAGAUUACAUCCCUUACCUGGAUUUCAUGGCAAAAGAGGUCGGGGUGCGACCAAACUUCCUGAGUCUACUACUGAGAGACCCUGUGCUCUGGGUCAGGGUCUUCUUUGGCCCCUGCACACCUUAUCAGUAUCGUCUCACGGGGCCGGGACGGUGGGCCGGAGCCCGUCGGGCCAUCCUCACUCAGUGGGAGCGAGUGGCUCAGCCGUUCAGAACCAGAACGGUACCAGAACCAGAGAGCCGACCAUCUGUGCUCUUUUCACCCUGGUUGCUCAUAUUUGCGGGAACUCUAACAAUGGCUGUGGUUCUGUCUAAAAACGGGAUUAAUCCAGCUCAGGUUCUGGACAAGAGCAAGAUUUUCCUGAGGGACUUCACUGGAUUACCACAUUGACAUGAUGAAAUCUGGGUCCAGUUUGUAAGAUAGCAUCUAAAUU